AGUAAGUGCAAAUCCAAGAAGAAAUCAAUUAGCAUCAUUUAGAGUAUACCUUAAUAUCAAUGAUUUUACAUAUCCCAAAAUGGAAGAAAAAAACAAAAAAGGAGGGGGUGAUUUCACAACCAACGGCUGUUUAUGACAACCUAAAACAAACACUACGCGUCUUUAAACCCUCGUCUUAUCCAACCCUUGUAUGUUCUUUAAAAAAAGGGGGAGUGGGACCAAUCUUCGCCACAACAAUCUCAAUUAGCAAUCAUACUGUGUCAAAUUUUUUUCCUAAAUGACAGCCGAAGAAGGGUUGAAACAAAAUAUUCUAACCAAAUACAAACCAUGGCCAGCAAAUUUGGGAGGCUAAUCCUGUCCAGCAGGAACCACAAAAUAGAAACCCUCAAUGACUCUUCAACAAAGCUUCAUUCGCAGCAUUAGAGAUGAAAACUACAACUGAGUAGCCGAAUCUCUGUCAGCUUGUUUAGAUCAUAGUUACUGUUCACAAUCUGACAGUUGUAUCUUAAUCAGCUAGUUGAGAUGAUAUCGGAGAUAACAAGGAUCUGCAGCUAUGGUCGUCCCAAUAUUUGCACAGCUCUCAAAGCUAACGCAGCAUUUAUUAACAACCCACUGUCUAUGAACAACACCCGCGCCAUAGAGAUGAUGUGCACCCAGACAUACUUGGACCAAACAGUAAACAUCCCACUCUCCCCCCAAAAAGGGUAAAAAAAUUCAUAAAUACAACAGAAAAGUGUCA